CCGCACCCGCGACGCCGGAGGACGGAAGAAACGCCCGCGGCAGACAAAGGGCCGGGGUCCCCAGCGCCGCCCCGCAGUCCAGGGGCGCCCGCCCGCGCGGCCGCGCCGCCCGCGCCUCCCAGCGAGCGUCUCCUUAUUUGGUCAAAUGACACGCGGGGUUCUCCGGGCGGGGCGCGCCUCGCCCCGGGCCCAGCCGCCCGGACCUCCGCUGCCAUCCGCGUCCGCCGCCCGCGAGCCGCCGCGCGGUGGCAGAAAUCUGGUGCCAAGAUGACCGAGCGCUUCGACUGCCACCACUGCGAGGACUCCCUCUUCGGCAGGAAGUACGUCCUGCGGGAGGAGCAGCCCUACUGCGUGGCCUGCUUCGAGGCCCUCUUCGCCAGCACGUGCGAGGAGUGCGGGAAGCUGAUUGGCUGCGACUGCAAGGACUUGUCCUAUAAGGACCGGCACUGGCACGAGGCCUGUUUCCACUGCUCCCGGUGCAGGGGCUCCCUCGUGGACAAGCCGUUCGCUGCCAAGGAAGAGCAGCUGCUCUGCACCGACUGCUACUCACAGGAGUACUCAUCCCGCUGCCAGGAGUGCAAGAAGAGCAUCAUGCCAGGCACCCGCAAGAUGGAGUACAAGGGCAGCAGCUGGCACGAGACCUGCUUCAUCUGUCAUCGCUGCCAGCAGCCCAUCGGGACCAAGAGCUUCAUCCCGAAGGACGGUCAGAACUUCUGCGUGCCCUGCUAUGAGAGGCAGUACGCCUUGCAGUGCAUUCAGUGCAAAAAGCCCAUCACCAGCGGGGGCGUCACGUACCGGGAGCAGCCCUGGCACCGCGAGUGCUUCGUGUGUACUGCCUGCAAGAAGCCGCUGUCGGGCCAGCGCUUCACAUCCCGUGAUGAGUUCGCCUACUGCUUGGGCUGCUUCUGCGACUUGUACGCCAAGACGUGUGCCGGCUGUGCCAACCCCAUCAGCGGACUAGGCGGCACCAAGUACAUCUCCUUCGAGGAGCGGCAGUGGCAUAACGACUGCUUUAACUGCAAGAAGUGCUCUCUGUCGCUGGUGGGGCGAGGCUUCCUCACCGAGAGGGACGACAUCCUGUGCCCUGACUGCGGGAAGGACAUCUGAGACGCCCACCCCCACCCCUCCUCCCCGGGGUCCCUGCACGUGCUGCACGCAGACGGCUGUUUGCUUUCUCCACCUCCAGUUUGCUUCCUCCACCUCCACCUGGUUCCACCAGCCACCUUGGGACUUUCCUCUGCGCUUUUCAGUGAUGCUCACCGUCUGCUUAAACCCUUUAAUCAACCUUUGUGCUCCUUCAAUCCUAGGGGAAGGAGAAAACCCAUGGAAACCUUAGGCAGGAAGAGGGUUUUGAAUUUUUGUAAUCAAGUGAGGCCAAUCCAAGUAUAAAAAUCCUUGAGUGAUAGCUUUAUACAAACGUUUCUUUCUUUCACUGCAUAUUUAAUUUUUAAGUGCAAUUAAUGUGUCACAAACUCGAAUGUUUCCAAGCUACAUAAGGUAAUGAAGAGUUGGCACUUCCUGUCCUGUGGGGUCGAAAACAAGAUUAUGGCUUACAAUAAAGUUAUCCACACUAAAAUCUUUUGCCAGGCGCAGUGUGUGAACU